AUGAGCCACAGGACCUCCUCCACCUUCAGAGCGGAGCGGAGCUUCCAUUCCUCCUCCUCCUCCUCCUCCUCGGGCUCCCACAGCCUCCCGGCCCAGGACCCACCCAUGGAGAAGACCUUGAGCAUGUUCUCCGAGGAUUUUGGCAGCUUCAUGCGGCCCCACUCGGAGCCCCUGGCCUUUCCAGCACUCCCCACGGCCCGCGCCGGGGGACCGGGCAACAUCAAGACCCUGGGAGACGCCUACGAGUUUGCUGUGGACGUGAGUGACUUCUCACCUGAAGACAUCAUCGUCACCACCUCCAACAACCACAUAGAGGUGCGGGCUGAGAAGCUGGCAGCCGACGGCACCGUCAUGAACACCUUCGCUCACAAGUGCCAGCUGCCGGAGGACGUGGACCCCACGUCGGUGACCUCGGCCCUGCGGGAGGACGGCAGCCUCACCAUCCGGGCCCGGCGCCAGCCCCCCACGGAGCACGUGCAGCAGACCUUCCGGACAGAGAUCAAGAUCUGA